AUGGCUAGCGCCGAUGAAGGUCCACCAUUGAAAGUGGAGGAGUCAUUAGAGGCACCAACAAAAUCAGUUAGUUACGUAGAUGGCAUCCCUCACAUACAAUGGAAAACAUUAGAAGUGGAACAGAUGAAUAUUAAAGAAGACUUGCAGUAUGCAGUUGUUGGAAAAUUUGCACACGGAUGGCCUGAAAUGGAUGAUCUAAGAGAGGCGAUUCCGAAACAAUGCAAUAUCAAAAGCAAUCUUUUCUCUCUAGCUACAGCUGUUGGUAAGCCGUUACAACUAGACCAAGCAACCAUCAAUCAAUCUAGGCCUAGUUGUGCUAAGGUCAGAGUGUUGGUGGAUCUAGCAGCUAAUCUUCCUAAAGCAGUGGUCGUGAAUGUACUUGAUGAGGCGACUGGAGAGUUAAAAACCGAUAAGAUCACUAUCAAGUAUGACUACAUUCCUAAGUAUUGCUCAGAGUGUAAGUUACAAGGACAUGAUGUGGAGGAACCUUUUUACCCUAAGAUCGAGAGACUUCAGAAGGGCAAAGCAAAAAUACUCUCUAGUGGGAAAAUAGUUGGAGAUCUAGGGGAGUGGAAAGUAAUUUGGAAUAAUAAGUACAAUCAUACAAGUGUGCAGAAGGAAAAACAACAAUUGGAAAUUACAAACAAAUAUGGCUCUUUAGCAAUAAAUGAAUCAUGCGAAUCUUCAAACAACAAUGACAUCGCUACAAAUGGGCAAGGGGUAAUUCCAAACAGUGAUAGGCAAACUGUAGAAAAAAAUGAAGAGAUCAAUAAGGAGGAACAACAAGUAGACAUCGAUGAUGAAAAGGUCAAGAUUGCUAACAUCAAAACUCCAGAACAUCAACCACAAUUUAAAGGAAACAUGGUCGAAACAGAAUCUCAAGGGCAAUGCAGUGAUAUUGUAGUAUCAACAAAGGUCAACAUGGAGGAAAAAAGACAGGGGGAUUUCAAUGUGGUUCUGAAUGAGAAUGAGAAGAUUGGUGGGGUUCCCGUGCAACCAACUGAUACUGAAGACUUUGUAAAUUGCAUUGGAUCUUGUGAUCUUACAGAAGUAAGCUACAGAGGCAACUCGUUUACUUGGUGGAAUGGCAGAGUUGCAGAAGAUUGCAUCUUUGAAAGACUAGAUAGAGUUCUAGUAAAUGAAGAGCUGCAAAAUUGGUUUAGGUUUCUGAACUUCCGAGUAGAACAUGAAUCUUUCAAGCAGGUGGUUGCUCAGAGUUGGUCAGGGUCUCACUCAGAAAAUCCAUUUUUUGCAUUCAAAACAAAGUUGAAAAAGUUGAAAGUUGUCCUCAAAUCUUGGUGUAGAGAGGUAUUUGAUGAUAUUUUUAAGCAAUUAAUUAUUAGAGAGGACAUUGUCAAAAUCAAGGAGAGUUUGUUUGAAGAUGACCCAUCCAAUGUGAAUAGAGCAAUUAUGCAAAACGCACAAGCAGAGUUUAAGAAAUAUCUACACUAUGAAGAGGAUCACUGGAAACAAAAGGCAGGAUUUACUUGGUUUGAGAAAGGAGAUAGAAAUACUAGAUUCUUUCACAGUCUAGUGAAGGGAAGAAGAAAAAGACUAAUGUUGACUAAAAUCCGGAAUGAGCAAGAUGAGCUUAUGGAAGAUAAAGGACAAAUUUGUGAUGAAGCUGUGAAGUAUUAUCAGAAGCAAUUUACUCAAGAUAGGGAUAUUACUGAUUUUUCCCUAAUGAGACACAUUCCACAGACUCUAACAGAAGAGGAUAAUGCAGCUCUUGACAUUAUGCCUUCAAAGGAGGAGGUUAAAAAUGUUGUUUUUAAUCUUAGUAGGGACAGUGCAAGUGGCCCAGAUGGUUUUACAGGCCUUUUUUUAUCAGCAUUGGUAGUGCAUGACAGAUUGGAGAAGGUUCUUCCAAGGUUGAUCUCUACCAACCAAUCAGGCUUUGUUAAAGGAAGGAACAUUAUUGAGAAUAUUUUGCUCACUCAGGAGAUUGUGUCAGAUAUCAGUAAAAAGGGAAAACCAGCCAAUAUUAUAAUUAAGCUUGACAUGGCAAAGGCUUAUGACAGGGUAUCUUGGUUCUUUUUGAUGAAAGUCCUAAGAAAAAUGGGGUUUUCAGAGGUUUUUAUUGACAUAAUUUGGAGGAAUAUAGCUAAUAAUUGGUACUCAAUAUUGAUUAAUGGGAAAGCACAGGGUUUCUUUCACUUUACUAGGGGAAUAAAACAAGGAGACCCUUUAUCUCAUGCGUUGUUUAUAAUCAGUGUUGAAGUUCUAUCUAGGGCUUUGAACUCUCUAUUUGAUGAUAGUCAAUAUGUAGGUUAUGGUAUGCCUAAAUGGACUCCAAAUCUUAAUGCUUAUGCAGAUGACACAAUUAUUUUUGCAGCUGCACAUGAAAAGUAUCUUCAAAGAAUAAUGAAGGUGUUGGGCAGAUAUGAAUCUCAGUCAGGGCAAUUAAUCAGCAAAGGGAAGAGUGCUUGGUACAUGCAUCAGAAUGUUAGUGCACAACUAAAAGAUUUAGUUGAUAUAUGUACAUGUUUAUCAAGAGGCCAAUUUCCAAUCACUUAUUUAGGGUGUCCUAUCACCCAUGCUAACAAGAAAAAGAGUGACUACAAUGAUCUUAUUAAAAAGGUGAAGAACAAGCUCUAA